UUCCACUACAUUGUUAACCAACGAUAUGGUACAAUUGAAACCUUGGAGCACAAUAGUUUUGUAGGAAAUUCACAAGAAACAUAUUUUUUUUCUUAAAAGAAGAUGAUAAAAUGUUCUGUUCUAGCAGAAACCAGGGAAAAUUCCAGAGUAAUAAGCAGAGGCUUGUUUCCAUCUGGAACUAAAAAUCGUAUUAUUUGAAUCCAAAUCCCCCUCUCUAACCACAGGAUUUCAGCUUCCUUGCCACUAUCCGGUGACGUCCUGCAGCUCUUGUCUCGGCAUUUUAUAAUCAGCGAGCAGGAACGCACCCAGUGUACAACACCAGGUCGUCUCCCACGUCGCUCUCGUGCGCUCGCAUGCGGCCGGCGACCCGGCACGGCGCCGCCGGCAGGACGUACGCCAUUGGCCCCGUCUCAUCUUCAUCCAUGCACACGCCACAUCCUCCAUCACGCGUCCACAUCGCGUGCGCUUCGCUCCAUAAGUAAAGCCUCGUUCUCGGCAUUCUGCACAGACAUGCACGUUGUGACCUUGUGAUCAGGGACGCGAAAUGGAUGGCACCACCAGGGCAUCUUCCUUCUCCUCUCUUGGCCCUUGCCGGGGUGGCAGUGGCACGCAGAUGAGUCUCCAAUGGCCGCAGCUGUUGUCUUGUCUUCAGGGGGCGAAAGUUGUUGCAGCCGAUGAUCAAGAUCUUGCCGGUUCAGUUGCGGUGGUGAAGACCGGGAAGCGGCGGUCACCGGCGCAGGCCGUGAAGGUGUUCGUUAGCGGGCUGGUCGAGAUGGUCGGGAGGAGGUUCGAGUGCUCGAUCCCGGCGGCCAGGCGACCGUUUGGCGGCGGCGGCGGCUUCCUGAUAGGUGUUGAUUUGGCGGUGGCUUCUGGGCUUAGAAGAGCGGAGGGUCGGAGCGACGGGGACGUCACCGGCCGUGGGCAGCAGAGGACAACCGGUGGGCAGUGCCAAGGCAGGGGCAAGCAGAGACAGCCCGACGGAGCUGGGUUAGUGCGGUGGUGAGCGAUGCCGAUGGAUCUGACAGGAGAUGGGGGAGCAAGCCGGCAUCAGGGGAGUGACCGAAGGUUGAAGAUGGUCUUUGGAUCGUUCGAUCACGAUCGGACGACUCAUAUUUAUCGUCUAAUUUUUUUUUUAAAAAAAAACAAGUGACUGAAAAAUAACAUCACCCUAAUUGCUACUAAUAUAUGUGAUAAGCCUCCCUUAUUUGUUUGUAGCUUUAUGUAACUGCUUCCAGCAUUGCAGUUAUCUUGGAAGGAAAUUUAUCUAGUUUGAGUUAAUUGAUAAUACCUAACAUCGCAAGCAAAGCUGGGCACCAAGUAUUAGGAUCUGCAUCUUACGCUCCAAACUGUCUGCUAUUGGUUAGGAGCAACUACAAUGAGAUAUUUAGAGAAGUUGCUUAUUAAAAAAAAAACGUGUUUUUUUAACUGUACUGGUAUAUGUGUUUAGACGGAAGACAAUAUACUUAUUUAAGCAUCAUUGUUUAUAUUAGUACUAACAAGAUAGUUAAUGAUGUUUAAGUAUAUGUAGU